CCUCUGGGAAGGCUCUGGGGGUGUGGCCAGGGGCCGGUAUAAAGUCCGGGGGAGCCGGUCCCAAGCAGCCGCUCAGCCCCCUGCCCCCCCUGCCCCACCGCCCGCCGCCUGGGCCCGGCCGAGGAUGCGGCGCAGCGCAUCGGCGGCCAGGCUCGCUCCCCUCCCGUCCGCUUGCUAACUUCCCUGGCUCCGUCCCUGUCCGCCCGCGGGGCCGCCCCGUCUCCCCGCGCCCUCCGGGUCGGGUCCUCCAGGCGCGCCAGGCGCUGUCUCCCUGGGUAACUGCUGCCAGUCUGCGCGCGCGUUCUCAGCUCCCGCGCCCCGCGCCCGCGCCCCCGUCCUAGCUCGGUCAUGCUGCCCCUCUGCCUCGUGGCCGCGCUGCUGCUGGCCGCCGGGCCCGGGCCGAGCCUGGGCGACGAAGCCAUCCACUGCCCGCCCUGCUCCGAGGAGAAGCUGGCGCGCUGCCGCCCCCCCGUGGGCUGCGAGGAGCUGGUGCGGGAGCCUGGCUGCGGCUGUUGCGCCACUUGCGCCCUGGGCAAGGGGAUGCCCUGCGGGGUGUAUACCCCUCGCUGCGGCUCGGGCCUGCGCUGCUACCCGCCCCGGGGGGUGGAGAAGCCCCUGCACACGCUGAUGCAUGGGCAGGGUGUGUGCAUGGAGCUGGCGGAGAUCGAGGCCAUCCAGGAAAGCCUGCAGCCCUCUGACAAGGAUGAGGGUGACCACCCCAACAACAGCUUCAGUCCCUGCAGCGCCCAUGACCGCAGGUGCCUGCAGAAGCACUUCGCCAAAAUUCGAGACCGCAGCACCAGCGGGGGCAAGAUGAAGGUCAUCGGGGUGCCCCGGGAGGAAGCUCGGCCUGUGCCCCAGGGCUCCUGCCAGAGUGAGCUGCACCGGGCCCUGGAGCGGCUGGCCGCCUCACAGAGCCGCACCCACGAGGACCUCUACAUCAUCCCCAUUCCCAACUGCGAUCGCAAUGGCAACUUCCACCCGAAGCAGUGUCACCCGGCCUUAGAUGGGCAGCGCGGCAAGUGCUGGUGUGUGGACCGGAAGACGGGAGUGAAGCUUCCGGGGGGCCUGGAGCCAAAAGGGGAGCUGGACUGCCACCAGUUGGCUGACAGCUUUCGCGAGUGAGCCCUGCCAGGAGGCAGGGGGCUCAGUGCCCCCUGCUGCCCCCAGCCCCUAGAGGCUAUAGAGCUGACCUGGAGCCUGGGUCUGAGUCUUAGCUCUGUCUCUGGCCCAGAAGUUUCCCUUUCUCUGUGUGUGUGUAUGUGUGUGUGCAUGGGUGCGCCCUUGGGGUGAGCCAAAGCCUAGUGGUAUCUUUGGGCUUAGAUAGUCAGAGAGGUCUAAGAGUGGCAACGGGGAGCCCUGGUGUGUCUCCAAAUUGAUCCUGGAUUCAUUCAUUCAAUCAUUCAUUCAUUCAGCCAUCUAAAAACACUUAUUGACAACAUAUACAUGCCAGCUCUAGGUUUUUAGUCCUGGGGGCUCUUAUAUUGACUUUGUUUGAUUUGGGCAUGUGAGGCCACUUCUUAUAAGCUGAGCACAAGCUUGUGGGGGAAGAGAAGUCCCAUUUCCAGAAUCAGAGAAGCAAAGUAGACAUGUACCUUGACUUUUGUACCUUGUACUAUCAUUGUCCUUCCCCUCAAUUUAGUCAGAGGGUAGAGGCCGUAGGGAAAGUGUGGGGUGGCAGAUGAUUCAAUGGUCAGGAGUCCAGACCCACUUCCAAAGCUCAAACCUUCCAGGCUCCCCUUCUUCUCUUCCCCAGACCCCUCCAUGGGGAAGGACCUAUAAGACAAGCCCACCUUUGGGUCUGGUGUGUCACAUGGUUUGUUGCCUGGCUGCCCAGACCCUGAUGUCGGGGAGGGAAGAAGGUCAGAAGCAGUUGUGCAGGAUAGAGGGCUGGGGAGGUGGGGCCCAUUUCUGAAUAUUCAGAGUGGGUGGAAAGAAUACACAAUGGGACUGCAUGUGCCAGAUGGAACAGAGGACACACAUGCUGGGGGGUAAAGGACUUGUCUAGGGUCUUGCUUCCUCCCCUGUUUGGGGUCACAGUCACAAAGUCACCAGGAUGACUCCUUCCAGUGGCUCACUGCCUGUGGCUUUGCCUCCUUCCCUAUACCUCCCUAUCCUCCAGGCAUUUCUGACUUGACUGGAUGGAAGGAGACUUAGGGACCUACCAGUUGGCCAUGAUGUCUUGUCUUUUUUUUUUUUUUUUUUUUAACAAAACAGAACAAAACAAACAAACAAAAAAAUCUAGACAAUUGUGUUUGGUUGAUUUAUUUAUAAUUAGAGACAGAGAUGCACCAGGGGUGGGAAGGGGGGGUCAUCAUGUGGUCCCUAAACCUAUCCUACAUGGUAAGAGGAUUGCAGAGUCAACCAAUUCACCCUCCUCUUCCCUGCAGUCUCCUUCUAGGGAGCUUCCCUGUCCCCAAAGUCAUACUGUCUGUGUUCAGACUCCUGGUGGGCAAAUAAUGGCUUCUGAAGGAAGGCAAGCAAGGACAGCCCUGCUGGACCAGAGCUAUUUCUGGGAUCAUAUGGUGUGUGAAGCCUGGGUAUUUCCUAGGGCAUCAGGCAGAUUGGAUUUGCAUCUGGCUUUGAUGUAUUAAUUUAGUGGGGAGGCACUUCCCUGAAGUUGAGGGAAGGGGGAAAGCUCCAAUAUAUUCCAUAGCUCUUGCUGCCUAGAUUCCUUAAUGGGGUGGUUGUGUCGUUAUUUGAUUCUGAGAGAUUGGGAGUAGGGGCAUCUUUGAUUUUGCUGUCCUGAGUUCGGCAGGCUGUGGGCUCUUGGGGCCAGACCCAGAAUUGGUGCCCAUGUGGUAUGACUGGAUUUCUGGUCACCCCUCUCCACCACUUCUGUGCUCUGUGUGUGUGUGUGUGUACGCUGAUCUCCUGGGUGGGGGCCCCUUCUCAGGUGGUCAUAGGCAGCCUGUGCACCAAGUCUGCUGUGCUCUGCAGGGGUGGGGGAAAGGGGUUCCCUCCUGUUGGGUUGUCUUCUGGAUUCCUAGCCCCUUUCCAAUUCCAGAGGCACUCUCAGACUUUAAAUUCUCUGGCUCCUGAUGAAUUGGCCCCUGUGCUGUCUGUAUCUUAAAUCUGGGCCUGCAAUCCUCAUCUCUCUAGCUCUGCCUCAGUGACAGCAUCCCGCAGCCAUCUGGUCUCCCUGAGGCACCGCAAGCCACUGCCAGCAGUAGGAGAUUAAAGAACAAAGUGACCUGGGCCCCCUGACCCCCGUUCAUGGAGCCCCCUACUUCCUGGGCUGAGGCCAAGGCAUGUUGGGGUGGGAGGUAGGUGUAGGCUGACAAUUAAGUUUUAGGUCCUUAAAGCAAAUAAAUGUAGAGAGAGUAUCUCUUUCCCUAAA